CCUGAGGCUGUCCCUUUUAUUUGAAUAUACAGUAGUUCAGCGGGGCUGGAGUCGGAUUGCGUCGGAUGUUUUUCGUCUUGUGAGGCCAGCACAGCGGGACGUGGUGGCUUUAUUCGUCGGUAAUGCUCAUCACCCAGUCCUAUAUUUAACAUUUGAAUGAUAUCACUCUGCUAGGAAGGCGUUUCAUCCGCCACAUGCACACACGGAGGAUACUGGACUGCUCGCAACCGACAAUAUGGACUUGCACAUAUUGGACCACAGGCUACGGGUCACCAGCAUAUCCAAGAAUGGGCUGGUGAAUUUCACACACCCCCUGAUUAAGCUGAUAUUUCUCCGGAAUAGGACACGAUGUAAGUUUUUCAGUCUGACGGAGACACCAGAGAACUACACAGUCGUCCUCGACGAAGAAGGAUUCAAAGAGCUCCAGCCAUCAGAGCAUCUCAAAGUGGAAAGCUCUAUCUGGCUGCCGCUCAACGUGGUCUCCAAUGGCAACGCCUCCAGCAGCUCACAGGCUGUUGGCGUGACCAAGAUUGCCAAGUCGGUCAUCGCCCCUCUGGCCCAGCAGCAUGUCUCUGUCUUCAUGCUCUCCACUUAUCAGACUGACUUUAUCCUGAUCCUGCCUGUCGUCAUCAGCACUCUGGAUGAGGAGUUCAAUAUCUACAAGGAGGAGGGAGGAGAGUCUGUCCCCAUGCGCUGUCAGGAUGUUUCCAAUGGCCUCCAGAAGAACGGCAAAGAAGCCAUGCAGCCUACAGUUCACCCGGUGCUGAUUCCCCAGAACCAGUUCUGUGUCAUGUCUCUGGACCCGGACACACUGCCGUCCAUCGCCACCACGCUCAUCGACGUCCUCUUUUACUCCAGCAGUCCCCAAGAAGAUGCACAGUCGCCUCCCAGCCAGGACUUGGACUGUGUCAAGUUCUUCUCCUUCUCCCUCAUUGAUGGCUACAUCUCACUGGUGAUGGACACUGAGGCUCAGAGACAGUUUCCGGCUGAUCUUCUCUUCACCAGCUCCUCCGGGGAGCUGUGGAGAAUGGUUCGUAUAGGGGGACAACCACUGGGCUUUGAUGAAUGUGGUAUAGUUGCCCAGAUAUCCCAGCCUCUGUCUGACAGCGACAUCUCUGCCUAUUACAUAAGCACCUUCAGCUUCGACCACGCUCUGGUCCCUGAGGAGGACAUAGUGAGCGUGACAGGCAUGCUCCAGCAUCAGAGGAAAGAACCAGCCGCUAGUUGAUUUCUGGAGUCCCGUCUGAGCUGAAGGAUCCUGAUGCUCAAUGUGCUGACCCUCACUCCAGAUCCAGUGGCCAGGGGUGGUAGGCCAGCAGGAAAGGAGGAUAACCCUGUGCCUAGACUAGAACUGCAUCGCCAGCAGUAUUAACUACUACGAACUUGCCAUGAACACCAGAAGCAUUUCUCUAUGGUGUGCACACAGUUUGUCUGUGAGGCCUCCUGUCUUACCUAUCUAAGGCAGGAUGCACUGAGUCCCAGGGGGCCCACAAGCUCACAUGUGCACAUGAAAAUGCACAAUCACUCCUAAACACAUACACAUACAGAUUCAGAUACACACACACACACACACACACACACUUUCACAUUCAAAUUCAUAAGCACAAAGUCAGACAUAUGAACAUAGACUAUAUUUCUCUCUAAUACAGAACUUGAGAUCUCCAGGUGUAAGUUGAAUUGUUCAUAAUAUUAUUUUACUGCAAACAGCACUACACACUCACAUACAUUUCACCAGUGCUAUGAACACACAUCUUAGUCUUCCAGUAAUGUUUAUAUCAUAAUGCCAUGUGUCUAAACUGCCAGGGUUUUUUUAAUCAAAGGCCAUUCGCAAAAAUUUCAGUUUUCCUUUCUGUGAAACUGAAAGCGUGAAGCUUGAAAUGCAAGGCAGUUGUGAGAAUGUUAAUCUUACAAUAAUUUUCAUGCAAUUGACAAUUUGUAUUUUAUGACAACAGGGCUCAAGCAUUUCUUAAACACAGUAUUAAGAUAGUGGAAAAAAUAACAGCGCGUACAGCUCCCAAUCUUCAGCACUGUAUCGGGUGUGAUCAAAACGAAUAGAAUGUCAGCACUCACAGAUAGUCGAAGCCAUCAUCAGCCAUCAUGACGCUGAUGAGGCGGUCGUUGUUGCCCACAAUAAACAAGAAGACCAUCUAUGAGUGCCAGCAUUCUGUUUGUAUUAACCAUAGUAUUACCCAAGGUCAAUAACACUACGUCUUAUUUUUUGUUAUUUGCACAAUAAACUUUUAAUUUAGCUAAUAUCCCCUAGAUGUUUUCUUUGGUACAACUACAUUUUGUACAAUUUGAAGUAAAUGUAUUGUGUAAACAUUUGUAAUAUUUGUGCUGCUUCUUUCAAUAAAGAGUAUUGAAAAUA